AAGCAAUUUUGAAAAUCUGUCAGAAGAUCAUAAUUUCUAUAAAAUGGAUUGCUUAAAAUUAUUAGAAACUUUGGACGUGCUCGGUUGUGCCGGUAUUUGUGUAAGUACCGAGAGUUCGCAGUUACUACAAAAUUCACUACUUAUUCUGCAGGCAGAAAAUCAUUUUCGGAAAUGUUAUUACUGGGGUAGAAUUAAUGGACUUCGAAACGACUAUCAUAUCGCGUAUGGUUUCCAGAAAGAUUGCAUGACUGGCCAGGUAUAUUACUACAGCACUGAUGGCAUGAAUUGGCUGUUGCUGCCAAAAGUGACAAAGUGCGGUCGAUUCCUAACUCCUUUGGCGAUUAAUAAAUUUGAAGGCGAUCCAUCUAUCGUUACAAAUGUUUAUAACAUCAAUCCACCGUUUCCACCAAACGAGGAUCCCAAAAUAUAUUAUGACGGUGUUAUGCCAAAAGAAUUGAAGGAAGAGGAUCGUCUUGCUUCUACCGUGGAAUCAAUUACAAAAGAUGCUGCAGUUAUUCCACGAGGAGCCUGGUUCAAAUGUCCAAAUGGCGAUGUAAUAGAAAAUCCAAGCUUUGAGGGUCUAUGCGCUACAGAUGCUUCAUAUUUGAAAUCCUACUUGCAUGCUUAUCCUCCAAAGGAGAAAUGGAGCACCAAUUUGCUUUCCCAGCCUGAUUAUAAUUAUGCAACGGAUUUUUUAGACUGCAUAGCCAUGGAUGUUCCUCGAGGGUGUUGGAAUCUGCAAUUCUUGUUAGGCGGUCGUCUGGCUAUAUUACACAGCUUAUAUUGGCACGGAAUAACCUUUUUCCAUAAGUUGAAUUCUCCACAUUAUGGAUUUCUAUACAUUGGUGAUGGAAAAAAGAAUUUAGAUCUUCCAUUCAUGUUGUAAUAUGAGAUAUAAAAGAAAAUGGAAGAGUA